CAAAAGACAGUACUUUUUGCUAUCUGCUCCAAAAUGAACGACGAUGCUGGACGGAUGACGUACGAGCUGCUGCGCACCCACGGAGAUCUAGACAAUGCAAAGACGCAUAAGGAGAUGCUUAGGGCACUAAGUUCUGUGUGCGCAGACCGCCAGAGUGCCGAUGUUUUGCAGCGCCUCCACGCGACGGAUUUCGCGUUGCUGCGAGUUCGUGAACAUCAAGAAGAGACAAGUCAGGUGUCUAAGAGGAGGAGUCGGGUGCGGGACAAAUGGAAGCAACGGAAGCUGCAGGAGGGAGCAACACUCGACGACGUGCAGAGGCGCUAUCCAAAGCUCUUCGAAGGGGUGGAGGAAGAGCGGAUGGAGCACAAGAAAUCAAAUGGUGCGGUGAAUACCGUUAAUGGAAUAGUGACGGUCCUGACUCAAGCAGUAGGUCACGUACAGGCACCUCCAGCUCCUGCUCCUGCUGCGGUGCUUCAACCCGUGGCAGCUACUCCAGUGGUGCCUGCAAGAGCGGAAAUGAGGAGGAACGACUUCAACUUCACUGAUGAUGUGUGGAGUGGACCUCCCCAGGCUGCUGGGGUUGCAAUGCCUAGCGAGCCUGCACCACAGCCCAAACCUGCGCUAAGUGAUCUACUGAGUAAGCGGUCGAGACUGCCACAUGAAGAUCCCGAGCUAUUUGGUUCGAAUACUCGUCCUAAUCCGGUCCAACAAGGAAAUUCGUUCCAGACUGCUACUGAGCGACUGCAGCAUGACCGCAUGACAGGGAGAGCUAGAAACCUUGACGACGAUCACUCUCGGGGUAGAAAUGACCGGCGUGGGAAUCCUCGAGGCCCUCCACGUGGCGUUUAUCACCCUGUGAACCAAGAUCUUCUUCUCGGUGGAGGAGAUAAUGACAACGGCUACAUAUCUGGGUCAUCUGCGGUCAGCAAAAAGUUUGUGUCUCCAAUGAACGAUGGAGGAUCCAACAAAGGCAGCAAAAAGCAGACUACCCCGCCCGAUGAGGACGUAAAUAUUGAUCCACGCCUCAAAAGUUGUGACCCCGAGCUGAUCGAGAAGAUCGAGAUGGAGAUUGUAGACAAUGGAGACCCCAUUACAUUCGACGAUAUCGCUGGGCUGCAAUUCGCAAAGAAGUGCGUGAACGAGCUGGUGAUUUGGCCCAUGGCACGACCAGAUAUUUUCACGGGUCUUCGUUCUCUCCCUAAAGGCUUGCUCUUGUUUGGACCACCAGGAACGGGUAAAACAUUGAUCGGCAAAGCCAUUGCAAGUCAAUCCGGAGCGACUUUCUUCAGUAUUUCUGCUAGCUCACUAACGAGUAAAUGGAUUGGCCAAGGAGAGAAGCUCGUUCGGACGUUGUUUGCUGUUGCAGCGGUGAAGCAGCCCUCCGUAAUAUUUAUUGAUGAAAUUGACUCGCUAUUGACGCAACGAAGCUCGGAAGAAAAUGAAGCGAGUCGGCGGAUGAAGACGGAGUGUCUGGUGCAGCUUGAUGGUGCUGGCACGAAAGCCAAGGACAUCAUCCUUGUCGUUGGUACGUUGUCGAGCCAAAGUUAAUAUCGGCCUCUGCUCAUCUGACGUACAAGCUUGGUCUUUCGAUUUAUAGGUGCGACGAAUCGACCUCAAGAACUUGACGAGGCAGCACGUCGACGAUUCGUCAAGCGUCUGUACAUUCCUUUGCCGUCAUUUGAAGCCAGACUGGACUUGGUUAGUCGGCUGCUCAAGGAUAACAAGAAUGACCUGACCGAUGAGAACAAGGCCUUUAUUGCCGAGUCAACUAAAGGAUACUCAGGUGCAGAUGUGCGAGCUCUUUGUACGGAGGCUGCAAUGGGUCCAAUCCGGAAUUGCACUGAUAUCCGCACGAUGGAUGCCGAUUCCGUUCGUCCGAUCAACUUGGACGACUUCAAAGAAGCGCUGCGUGGAGUGCGUACAUGUAGUUAGUAUGGAACGCCUUUGACACAUGCUAACUUCACUUUUGCAGGUUCGUUCCAGUGUCGCGGUGAAAGAUCUUGCAUUUUACAAAGAGUGGAAUGAGGAAUUCGGAAGUUUUGCCUUCGAGAAUCACGAUUCGUCUUAAUGAAAUGCAAGUGAGCUCGCA